AAAAAAGGGACAUUUUUUUUUAAAAAAACAAAUUGGGAAGGAACUGAGAGGUAUACGCCACCGGCAAGGAAGCUGUGCUGGCCUUCUCCAGUUCUCCUCUCAACUCCAUUACGAAAAUCACCUGCAUCGUUCGAUGUGUUGAAAUUUCUCAAGGCUCAUGGCGGUUUCGGAUCUGGACCAACGUCAUUAGAGUCAUUUGAAUUCGAACCCUACGACAAGAGAUCUACUUGUUGGUGGUUGAUUCCCUCAAUCGUUUGCCUGGAUCCCAAAUUUCUAGGCUUUUUCGGUAUAAUAUUGGAAAUCUUGCGGAGGCUUAUGGUAAUUUAGAGGGCUGAGGUUGAAAAAAUGUUGCCUAAAGCUGCAAAUGCGUCUGUUCGGGAUCGGACUCUUGAAUUUCAGAGCACUGCCGAACGGCUGAAGAAAUCAAUUUCUUCGGUGCAUAAUGCUGCGAGUAGUAGCGCCAUCAGCAGUAGAUCGGACCAGAGGUCUUUAGUCUCCAAUCAGUCGGAGUUCAAUAAAAGGGCGUCGAAAAUUGGGCUGGGUAUACACAAUACGUCGCAGAAGCUCUCGAAGCUUGCAAAGUUGGCAAAAAGAACAUCUGUUUUUGAUGAUCCCACCACAGAGAUUCAGGAACUGACUGCAGUCAUCAAGCAAGAUAUUACUGCACUGAAUUCCGCUGUAGUUGAUCUUCAGCUUAUAUCUAACUCGCGUAGUGAAAUUGGAAAUAGUGAUACUACUACACAUUCAACUACAGUUGUAGAUGACUUGAAGAACCGCUUGAUGAGCGCCACCAAGGAGUUCAAAGAUGUCCUAACCAUGCGUACAGAGAAUUUGAAAGUUCAUGAGAACAGAAGGCAGUUGUUUUCUUCUACCGCUUCCAAGGACUCCUCAAAUCCAUUCGUUCGCCAGCGUCCGUUGGCUGCCAGAUCUUCUGCUAGUACUUCUACUCAUUCUCCUCCUCCUUGGGCUAAUGGGUCAGCUCCUUCUUCACAGUUAUUUCCAAAGAAACAAAAUGAUGGAGAAAGUCAACCGUUAUUGCAGCAGCAGCAGCAACAACAACAACAACAGAUGGUUCCCCUGCAAGACAGCUACAUGCAAAGUCGAGCUGAAGCCCUUCAAAAUGUGGAGGCUACGAUACAUGAGCUCGGCAAUAUUUUUAAUCAACUGGCCACCUUGGUUUCGGAACAAGGAGAGAUAGCAAUCAGGAUUGAUGAGAAUAUGGAGGACACACUCGCAAAUGUAGAAGGGGCACAAGGGGCAUUACUCAAGUAUCUCAACAGCAUCUCAUCUAAUAGGUGGCUAAUGAUUAAGAUAUUCUUUGUGUUGAUUUUCUUCCUCAUGAUCUUCCUUUUCUUUGUGGCAUAGUAAAAAUGAGGUAAUUAUAAACAGCUUUUUAUAUUGAAAGGAGGUGAUGACCAUGCCAGUGAAUAUCCAAUACUUUUUUCCUUUAACCCCCAUCACAAGUAUUUUUGUAUUUGUUUAGUGAAGCAAAACAUACUUAUAAGAUGGCGCUGUUUGAUAAUAUGUGCCUAUGUGGAACAUAUAUGACUGUUUUAAAAAAUUUGAUCUGAAACUGAAUAUCGUUGUAUAAAAUGUUUUUUCGGAAGUCCAAAACAUCUAGUCUAGUAUAAAAAAUAAAGAUAUUUAUGUGAGGAUAUUAUGUACGAAGUAUACACACACGCACACACAUAUAUAAUGAUAAUUUGGUUUGUCGCCAUUGUAUUUAUUUUAUUUACCGGGUUGUUACAUACGAACUUCGUAUUACGAAGUAUGGAAGAGCGCCAUUUAGGUAAUCUUGUUAUAUCGUCUCUUUCAUAAUGAUAUCAUGCUUAUUUUGUUUAGCCAAACUAAAUCUUGUUAAAAUAAAAAGGGAAAGUUCCCGAAAUAGGACUAAAUAAGUUUGAAAAUUCCAAAAUAGGACUGUCAUGUUUUUAUUCCCAAAAUAGGAGUAAUCAUUGUCAAAUUUGGAAAAUACUGUCAUCUUUAAAGCCUGGUACUGCCAAAACAUGGCAGUAAUUAGUCCUAUUUUGAGGAAAAAAACAUGACAGUCCUAUUUUUGGAAUAUAGAAGUACUUUUAGUCCUAUUUAGGGUAAUUUCUCAUAUAUUCGUUCUAGCAGUGAUCAUACUUUCUCGGCUUACUCACUUUGAUAAUUUGAUUUGCAAUUUGAUGAUAAAGUUAAAUGGAAAAAUACCGAUAUUAGAAGUGUCAUUGACACAAUAAUGGUUAAAAGUGGCCAAACCUGUAUAUAGUUAAUCAGUUUUACUAAUAAAAAUUUACAUGUUUAGAAAGUACAUUGAUAGCUCUAGAAAUUAAAAUUAAUAAAAAUUGGUAUCCUAAACAAGUCAUAAAAAACAAACUAUGUUGACAAAGAAAGGUAGAUUUUUAGAAGCAACUCAUGGAAGAAGCAUUUUCUUCCCUUCUUAUUUCAUUGGACAGAAAUUUGCUAGUUUGGUCUGGUUUGGUCUAAAAAAUGUUUGGUCUCUAUGUAAUCUAUAACCAAGGAAGUCUGGUCUGGUCUAGUCUAUUUAAGUCUAGUUUGGUUUGAGGUUGAACAGUCCAAUUAAAAACAUCCUAACUUUAUAUGGCUCUCCCUUUCUUCGUGUUUCUGCUAUCCAGACAUGUUUUUCUGCUAUUUGGACAUUCCUUGCCUUUUUUUAAUAAACAUUUAUCGAAUUUUAUUGAUGAAAAUAGAACUGAAGUAUAUGAUGUGAAGAUAAAACACACGCACAAUACAAAAGACAAAAAGAAAAUACAAGAUUUGGUAACCCAGUUCGUCAAGAAUGACUACGUCUCAGAGCGCUACCAAGCCAAAAUGUUAUUAUUAUUUUCUGAGAAUGAUUACAAUGAGAGGGUGGGUAUUUAAAGAGAAUAUAACCCUAACCCCAAUAGUAAAACUUACGGGCCCAUAAUAUAAAAGACUCAAAAGAAAUGAGCUUGGUAUACAGUCUCUACACCUUACAUAUGAUGGGGGGCUAGGACUAACUCAAAGACAGCAAUAGUGAAAUAUAGUGAAAUAGCAAAUAAAUGUGAACGAAAAAGCAAAUGCCAUCAAUGCUGUGCCAAAACAACAAAUCCUAAGACAUCGGAAGACCCACACUCACAAACUCCAAAUCAGCACACAUCGCCGCCAAUCCCAAGCCCAACUAGACAUUCCUUGUUAUAUACAAUAGAAAAAUUCUAUUUGUACACCAUUUUUAUACACAUAUCGUACACAUUUGUAUAUUAUUGUUUGUGCACACAAAUAUUGUGUAGACUCUUUAGUUGCUUGUAGGGGUGAGCAAUAACCAACAAAACUGAUUAAACCGAAAACCGAUACCCAAACCGACCGAAAAAGUCGGUUAUCGGUCGGUCAACGGUUAUUACAUAUUAAAAGAAAUCGGUUAUUCGGUUAUUCAAUUAACAGUCAGUUAUCUUAAUCGGCUAUCGGUCGGUUAACCGAAAAUCGAAGUAUAGUCUACUCCGUAUAAACAUUUGUAUGUACUCCAUGUAUGCUAUGAUGUUUCACUUAAUAAUAUAUCAUAAUUACUCUAAAAAGUAAUGUCAAAUAUAUGACCAAAAUGAAUAUUGUGGAUACAAAUAUGUCAUUUCAUACUUUAAUGACUAUAAGUGUAAUUUUAAUGUGCGUGAUUGUAACUUUAAUCAUGAAUGGUAUACUCAUGUUAACUUUAGUCAUAUUUUAGUUUACUUUAUUAUGUAGGAAUAUUUAAGGAAAGCCCUCAUAUUUUAAUGGAAAAAUGAAAUUAUUAAUCCCAACUAUUACUAAUCCGCUAACAAUAAUCCUAACUAUUUAUUAUUUUUGUAUAAUCUCAACUAUAUGGACCGUCCGCCAAUAAUAGCCCAUGACCGGAUAUUACCUACUAUAAGAGGUGAAUUUAAAUAGAAAUUAAACGUAAAAAUUAAAAGUUGGGAUUAUUUAUAGGGAUUACUUCAUAUAUCUCUUCUCAUCCACUUUAGAAACUAUAGGAAUUUAUUUAUAGCCGGUCACGUCGGACCAUUAUUGGCGGACAGUCUCUAAAGUUGAGAUUAUUCUGAAAUAAUCGAUAGUUGGGAUUAUUAUGAGCGGACCGCCAAUAAUUGGGAUUAUUACUAUCAAUUUUCCUAUUUUAAUCAAUCUCAUGUAUUUAGUAUUUAGUGGUUGAUCCCAAAGAGAUAAAAUGACACUCAUGCACAAGAAAAACUACCAGUAGCGUAAGAAAAUUAAUUUUAUUAUGAGAUAAUUUAAUUCAUUUCUUCUUAUUUAUUUCAUGAAUGGAGAAAAAGCAUUUUAUAUAGGCUGAAGGGUCAAAUAGGCCCUCGAACUAACUUAAAAAGUUCAAUUCACCCUUAUAUAGGAGGCUAUGUCCGGCCAUCGCCAAUUGGGGCGGUUACCGGUGGAAUUUUUUGAUGAAAUUUGUUUAGCACCUUCUUCAUUAAGUCUAGUUUACUCAUACCAAAUUUCAGAAGAAAAUUCAAUCGGGAAGGCAGUCAAAUGAAUUUUUGAAGAUAACUCCGCAGUUAAACAACGUAGUACAUUCCAGAAAAUCGUUUGGCUGUCUUCCCGGUUGAACUUUUAUCUGAAAUUUGGUAUGGGUAAACUAGACUUAAUGAAGACAAUGUUCAAAAAAUUUCAUCAAAAAAUUCCACUGGGAACCGCCCCAAUUGGCGACAGCCGGACAGAGCCUCCGAUAUAAGAGGUGAAUUGAACUUUUUAAGUUAGUUCGAGGGCCUAUUUGACCCUUGUUGGGGUAUUGGGCCCAAGCCCAAUACGCCCGGACCAAAUUAUAAAGAAGACCCAGGGAAAACACGAAGCCCAACGCAAUCAGAAAAGUCCAAGACGUCCCGAACGGGGGAUACCUGAACAACAUUUGUGUAGAUUUGUUCACUUGAGAUAAUCCAACAAAAUACUUGCAGCCAAACACCCACAAAGGGGUCCUGCACGCCGAACGCACUUCCCGGACGGGUAGUCAACAAGUGGGAACCACAUUUAAUGCUGAAUUAUGGCAAUAGCAAGUAGAGGCAUGGUUGCACUCGUGGCAGAGGUAACAGCCUACUGGGUUCGGCCACGUGUCCAUCUCACCCCCCCCCCCCUCUCUAGUAAAAAUACAUGCGUUUAAUACAUUGUAAAUGGUUAGCAAUUUGAUACUCAGAGCUUAGCAAUAGAAUCAUAUCUCUUGUUCUUGUAUUUGAACUCAUACCGACUGACGUUCGGGUAGUUUCAUUGUAAUCGCAGAAUUACGUAAUACAAGUUAGCUCCUGAGUUCAU